UUUUUGAUAGUGACUUUUAUUAGAGAUGGGCGUCUAUUAGAAUAUUUAAUUUUUGAUAGGGACUUUUAUUGGAGACAGGCGUCUAUUAGAAUUUUAAUAGGGACUUCUAAUAGAGAUGGGCGUUUAUUAGAAUAGUUAAUUUUUAAUAAAGACUUUUAAUAGAGAUGGGCGUCUAUUAGAAUAUUUACUUAAUAUCUUUUUUCUAAAACUGUUAAAAAUGCAAACUAAUAAUCAGACUACCCAACAACCUUCAAAUGAGGCUUCAACAUCAACAAUAAAAAACGCCCCCAAAUGUUUGGUUUGUGGACAAGAAAAUCCAAAAAUGCAUUAUGGCGUUUUGGCUUGUCUUGGAUGUAAAGGUUUCUUCCGUCGAGCACUCAAAAAAUUAAACGAAUAUGAAUGCUUUCACAACAAUAAUUGUAUUAUUGAUAAAAAUGAACGAACUUCUUGCCGAGCCUGUCGCCUCCAAAAAUGUUUGGAUGUUGGAAUGGAUCCUGCUGCUGUUCGCCCUGACCGUUCACUAACCGGAAAACAACAAUUAGAAACACAUCGAUUUUCACUUUCACCAAUUCGCAGACGUUUAAGUUCAAUUGAUGAAAAAACAAGUAACAAUAACAACGACGUGACUAACGAGAAGACAAAAAAUUUAAGUCAAAAAUUGCCUGUUGAUUUGCGCACAAUGCUAAUGACUCUACAAAAUAUUGAAGCAAAAGUUGUCCAUGGAGACACUACCCAUGAUGCUGCAGACAUUUACCCAUUACGAAUAAACACAAUUAGAGAAAUUAUUGAAGAACCUAAAAAAUUGAUGGGAAGGCGAACGGAGGUGAGAAAUCAAUUUUGCACUUUAGAAGGGAAACCCACAAGAUCAACCCGCUAG